GCGAUUCUCUUGACGCUGCCGCAGCCAUAUCCGGGCGGUGAUCAACGCUCAACUGAGCCUAGGCCUAACCAACCGCGCAUAAUUCCAGUGUCACUCCCGCGGACCCGGGUGCCAUGCCAAUCCGCCCCCGUGGUCCGCAUAAAACCCCCCGCCCAACCACCUCCCGCCGGCCUCACUCUCUCAUCGAUCCCCCCAUUUCUCUCCCCCUCGCCGUUCUCUUCUAUUCCUCCCUCGGCCCAGCCAGAUCGACCAACCGGCAAGCGCUUCUCGGAGCGGGAGCAGCAGACGGCGCGCGAUUGCCCGUUGUUUAGUCGACGGCCACCUGCCUCCGGUUUGAAUACUCCGCACGGCGGACCACUCUGGUUCCAGCCCAAGAGCAGCGCAGCGCAGCGCAGCGCAGAGCCAGGACGGGCGUGUAAACACGCAGACAGGUGAGGAGGCUCCUGGUUUCGUGGUUUGACGGGAGAGGUUGGCAGAGAAGGGUCAGGAGAAGGAAGAGAGGGAGAUGGCCGGGGGUUUCGCCGGCGUCGAGGCCGGCGGCGGGAGGGCGGAGCAAUACGAGGGGAGGAUCACCCCCUACUUCAUCCUCGCCUGCAUCGUCGGCUCCUUCGGCGGCUCCCUCUUCGGCUACGACCUCGGGGUGUCCAGUGGCGUGACCUCCAUGGACGACUUCUUGAUCAAGUUCUUCCCGGACGUGUACAACCGGAAGCACGCGCACCUGCACGAGACGGACUACUGCAAGUACGACAACCAGGUGCUGACGCUCUUCACGUCGUCGCUCUACUUCGCCGGCCUGGUGUCCACCUUCGGGGCCUCCUACGUGACCAAGCGCCACGGCCGGCGCGGCAGCAUCAUGGUGGGCGCCGUCAGCUUCUUCCUGGGCGGCGCCGUGAACGCCGCGGCCGUGAACGUGGCCAUGCUCAUCGUCGGCCGCGUCCUCCUCGGCGUCGGCAUCGGCUUCGGCAACCAGGCCGUGCCGCUCUACCUGUCCGAGAUCGCGCCCUUCAAGAUCCGCGGCGCCGUGAACCAGCUCUUCCAGCUCACCACCUGCCUCGGCAUCCUCGUCGCCAACGUCAUCAACUACUUCACCGACCGGAUCCACCCGUGGGGGUGGCGCCUCUCGCUGGGCCUCGCCGUGGUCCCCGCCACCGCCAUCUUCGUCGGCGCGCUGUUCCUGCCGGAGACGCCCAACAGCCUGGUGGAGCGCGGGCGGCUGGAGGAGGCCCGGCGCGUGCUGGAGAAGGUGCGCGGGACGCACAAGGUGGACGCCGAGUUCGAGGACCUCAAGGAGGCGAGCGAGGCGGCGCGGGCGGUGCGCGGCACGUUCCGGAACCUGCUGGCCGUGCGGAACCGGCCGCAGCUCAUCAUCGGCGCGCUGGGCAUCCCGGCGUUCCAGCAGCUGUCCGGCAUGAACUCCAUCCUCUUCUACUCGCCGGUCAUCUUCCAGAGCCUGGGGUUCGGCUCCUCCGCGGCGCUCUACUCCUCCAUCAUCACCGGGUCGAUGCUGGUGGUGGGCGCGCUGGUGUCCAUGCUGGUGGUGGACCGGCUGGGGCGGCGGGUGCUGUUCAUCGAGGCCGGGGCGCAGAUGAUCGCGUCCAUGGUGGUGGUGGCGACGAUCCUGGCGCUCAAGUUCGGACACGGGGAGGAGCUGUCCAAGGGCGUGAGCACGGUGCUGGUGGUGGCCAUCUGCUUGUUCGUGGUGGCGUACGGGUGGUCGUGGGGGCCGCUGGGGUGGCUGGUGCCGAGCGAGCUGUUCCCGCUGGAGAUGCGGUCGGCGGGGCAGAGCGUGGUGGUGUGCGUGAACCUCUUCUGGACGGCGGCCGUGGCGCAGUGCUUCCUGGCGGCCAUGUGCCACCUCCGGUGGGGGGUGUUCAUCCUCUUCGCGGCGCUCAUCGUGGUCAUGUCCAUCUUCGUCAUCCUGCUGCUGCCGGAGACGAAGCAGGUGCCCAUCGAGGAGAUAUGGCUGCUGUUCGACAAGCACUGGUACUGGAAGCGGGUGGUCACCAAGGACCCCAAGUACCAGGGCCACCACCAGCGCCAGGAAAUGGCCGCCGCCGCCGCCGGUGCCGUCAAGCCCGUCGGCACCUCGGAAUAGAUCGAUCCAUGAUGCGUGUUUUAAUAAGAUUUACUACAAUGCAUUGGUGGGUGCAUAGGUCGUGCUAUAUAGGAACUGCUUGUGUGUGUUAACUUGUCCAAGACCUCGUGUUCUUACGCCUUAGUAAUCUUAUUACGAAUUCGAUUGGGAUUCGGUCUGUCGGAAGGUGUGACUGGUGGUGGAGGUCAGAUGCAAAAGCAUGCAAGUUUAUGUGUGA